AUGACGUCCAUGGAGAACAAUACAGAGGUGACUGAGUUCAUCCUUCUAGGACUUACUGAUGCUCCAGAACUGCAGGUCCCACUCUUUAUAAUGUUUACCCUCAUCUACCUCAUCACUCUAGCUGGAAAUCUGGGGAUGAUCAUGUUGAUACUGUUGGACUCUCAUCUUCACACUCCUAUGUACUUUUUCCUUAGUAAUCUCUCUCUGGUGGACUUUGGUUACUCCUCAGCAAUCACACCCAAUGUGAUGACAGGAUUCCUUACAGGAAAUAGGGUCAUCUCCUACAAUGCAUGUGCUGCUCAGAUAUUCUUUUUUGCAGUCUUUGCCACUGCAGAAAGUUACCUCUUGGCAUCAAUGGCCUAUGACCGCUACGCAGCAGUGUGUAAACCCCUACAUUACACCACCACCAUGACGAAAAAUAUGUGUGCUUGUCUUGCCAUUGGCUCCUAUGCUUGUGGUGUUCUGAACGCCUCUGUAAAUGUUGGAGAUACCUUCAGGCUCUCUUUCUGUAGGUCCAAUGUGGUCCAUCACUUUUUCUGUGAUGCUCCAGCUGUCAUGAGUCUUUCUUGCUCGGAUAAACAUAUCAGUGAGUUGGUUCUUAUUUAUAUCAGUACCUUCCAUGUGGUUUUUGCUCUCACGGUUCUCUUUAUUUCCUACCUGUUCAUAUUUAUCACCAUUCUGAAAAUAGAUUCAGGUCAAGGACUCCAUAAGGCUUUGUCCACCUGUGCUUCCCACCUCACUGCCAUCUCCAUCUUCUAUGGGACAGUCAUCUUCAUGUACUUACAGCCCAGCUCCAGCCAUUCCAUGGACACAGACAAAAUGGCAUCCGUGUUCUAUACCAUGGUCAUUCCCAUGGUGAACCCCAUGGUCUACAGCCUGAGGAACAAGGAGGUCAAAAGUGCAUUCAAGAAGGUUGCUGAGAAGGCAAAAUUGUCUCUAAGAUUAACCUUUUAA